CUCGUGCACCUUCUCUGUCUGAUGGUUUUCUCUGACCUAAUUUUCAAAGCCGGAUACCGUUCAAGCUCUCUCCUCGAUUCCUGCAAAUUUCCCGAGUUUUUUUCCUCUCUCUCAAAGUUACGUGUUCCUGCAAAUUCUCCCCAUCUCUCUAAGUUGAGCAUUGUUAAAUCUCUCUCUCUCUCUCUCUCUCUCUCUCUCUGAUCCUGCACUUUUGAAUCCUUUACUUUGUCCUCUCACUCUACGCUUCUGCAAUUUUGAAUUCUCUCUCUCUCUCUGGUCCUGCACUUUUGAAUCCUUACUUUGUCCUCUCUCUCUACGCUUUUGCAAUUUUGAAUUCGGUUAUGUUGUCUUUGGAUUGUUAAAAGCUAUCCAUUAUGAGCGCUUUCUUUCUUUUUUUCGUGUUCUCGACAUUCGUGCUUGUGGCCUUCUCAAUCGACCCAUACAAGGUCCUUGGUGUUGAUCGAGAUGCGAGCCAGCGUGACAUUCAGAGAGCUUUUCACAAGCUCUCUCUUAAGUAUCAUCCUGACAAGAACAAUGAUAAGAGUGCGCAAGCAAAGUUCUCUGAGAUAAAUAAUGCAUAUGAGAUUCUAUCAGAUGAAGAAAAAAGGAAAAACUAUGAUCUCUAUGGUGAUGAGAAGGGUGGGCCCAAUCUUGGUAGUGGCAACCCAGGAGGCCCAGGAGACAGAUCCACAUAUUUCACCUAUGGCGGACCAGGCAGUGGUAAUUUUAACUUCAGACCUGGUGGAUCUCAUCAGGCAAGGCCGUCCUUUGGCAACCCGAGUGGGAGCAGCAGCUCAUUUAGUUUUGACUUCAGCGGGUCAAACUUUGCUGAAAAUAUUUUUUCCACCUUUUUUGGUGGGGGUAACCCAAAUGGUGGGAACUUGUUUGGUGGUUUUGGAAGCUCACAGGGGCCUAAAUCGGGGCAUGGUUCCACUCCACCCUCAAAUGUUCAGCCCAUUAAUUCGAAGGUUUUUGCAAAGGAAGUGGCAGAUGAAGGUCUCACCUGGCUUUUGUUGUUUUAUACACCCUCAUCAAAUGGGUAUGAAAAUGCAGAAUCCAUUCUUGAGGACGUGGCAAAUUCCCUGCACGGUGCAUUGAAGGCUGGUAGUGUGAACUGCAAAGACGAGAAAGCAUUUUGCAAAGAGCGCGGUGUAUGGCCCUUAAAAUCUAACAGGAUCUUUGUAUACUCUUAUAGAAGCAAUGAGAAGGGCUCAUUGGUGGAAUACAAAGGUGACUGGAAUUUCAAAAACUUGAAGAGUUUCUGCCAAGAUCAUUUGCCCAGAUUUUCUAAGCGGGUGGAAUUAACUGAGCUUGAUCACUUUUUGAGGACGGCCACCAAUGAUCUACCAAAGGUGAUACUCCUCUCAAGAAAGAAGGAGACCCCUGUUAUUUGGCGGGUCCUGAGUGGAUUAUACCAUAAAAGAUAUGCUUUUUACGACACUGAGGUUCAUGAUUCUUCAGACCCCAAGGUGAGAAGCCUUGGCGUGAAAGCGCUUCCAGCUAUACUUGGCAUGAUGUCGAAUGGUCAGAAACAUGUAUUGAGCUCUGGAAUUGUUGUGAAAGAUUUAAAAAAUGGAGUCUCAGAGCUCCGUGGCAUCCUUGAGAAUUUUGAGAAAAAAAAUAAGAAGGCUGGGGCUUUCGGUAAAACUACCAAGUCAUCACCUUCAGAAGCUCGAGAUGAGAAGGUCCCCCUCCUAGAGAAAGAGAACGUGGAGACUGUAUGUGGGGAAAGUGCGGCUCUCUGCAUAAUUGGAGUUUUCAGAUCAUCCAGAUCCAGGGAGAGUCUAGCAUCCAUUUUAUCCACUAUGUCACAGAAGACAUUAACGAGGGGACAGUACCAUGGUGGAAGAGAUCCAGUUUCUUACUGUUUGUUAGAUGCCAGUAGGCAAGCACAAUUCUUGAAUGCAUUUGACAAGUCAGGUUUCAAGUCUCAAGAUAAGCUUCUGGUGGCGUACAAGCCUCGGAGAGGAAAAUUUGUCGUGUUCUCUGAUGAUUUUACACUGGAAGAGGUGGAAAGAUUUAUUGGGUCUGUUCUCAAUGGUGACACAGAACUAAAGAAGAUCCUUCGGAAACCUGAGCUGAGGUAGGAUCAAGAGCAGUGAGUGAGGUGGAGAGAAAGAGAGAACAAGAUGCCUGCUGUGUUCAGUAUCUUUUGUGAAGAGGAUGGAUCAGGUGUGGGGUGGGAGCCUCUAUUAUUUUGGCUCCAUUAACUAAUGUGCCUAUCUCAUGAAAGGAGAACAAUUGUACAUAUUAGAAUUGUAGUUAAAAAUAUAUAUUUUGCCUUCAUGGAAAUAGAAUGAUUUUCCA